AUGAGUCUCUUUGGCCUGGGAAGCAGAAACCAAAAGACAUUUCGGCCUAAAAAGAGUGCUCCAUCAGGAAGCAAGGGUGCCCAGCUUCAAAAACACAUUGAUGCAACUUUGGGCAGUGGGAACCUGAGGGAGGCCGUUCGUCUGCCUCCCGGAGAAGAUAUAAAUGAGUGGCUGGCAGUCAACACUGUUGAUUUUUUCAACCAAGUGAACAUUCUGUACGGUACUCUCACUGAGUUCUGCACACCGGUCAAUUGUCCGACAAUGUCUGCAGGACCAAAGUACGAGUACAGAUGGGCUGAUGGAGUUAUCAUUAAGAAACCAAUAGAGGUCUCUGCCCCAAAAUAUGUUGAGUACUUAAUGGACUGGAUUGAAAAUCAGCUUGAUGAGGAAUCAAUCUUUCCUCAAAGAUUGGGGGCACCCUUUCCAGCAAACUUCCAAGAUGUUGUCAAGACCAUUUUUAAGCGAUUGUUCCGUGUCUAUGCGCAUAUCUAUCACUCUCAUUUUCAGAAAAUUGUGAGUUUGAAGGAAGAAGCUCAUCUCAAUACUUGCUUCAAGCAUUUUGUUCUCUUCACAUGGGAAUUCCGCUUGAUUGACAAAGGGGAGCUUGCACCUCUUCAGUGA